AACGCCACAACAAAAAGCGUGCAGCGCCUCCACGCAUCAGCGAGAAUGUGAAAUGCAGCAAGUAGGCAAGGAAAAAGGAAAAACGAACAAUGCAACAUCCCUCCACGGGGAAAGAAUGUGAAUCUACAUGUGCAGCUGUAGCUCUUAUCUGCUUGCAUGCGGCCUUCACUGCGCUGUUAAACGGGUCGUUGCACUAAUAUGGUCGCGCCGGCCAAGACACGUCUACGAUCUGAUACCUGCAGUCUGGUUCUGCUUGGACACACGUCAAUAGGCCACGUAGUGCCGGAGCGAGGAACGCCGCCUCGUCAUAGCGUUCAUCAAAGUCCCGACAGGAAGCGUCGGUUCCUUUCCAUUCUCGCAUUCGGCGCGUACGUGGCUAGAUGCGGCGGCGACCAAGCACUAGGCCGUUUCAAGGGGCUCUCACGGGAUCAGAAGAGGAUGCCAAAGCAGAACAAUGGUUUCUUAACCACGGUGGCGGUGACGCAGGCGUAGGAAUUUCGCCUGUGACGCCACCCGCAGUCGCCGCUCAAGGACACCGAAGAAGCCCGCUGCAUUGUGUCACAGUCUUCACAUUAUUGCUGGUAGCAGCAGCGCUGGUCGUGUUGCUGCUGUGGCUGACAACGCGCGAUGGACGGAUGCAAGCGUCGUCACGUACGCGGCCGCCUCACAUCGUGUUUAUACUUGCCGAUGAUUUGGGUUGGGCCGACCUCAGCUACAAUGGGAACCCGCAGAUACGCACUCCAAAUAUCGAUGCUCUGGCCUGGAAUGGAGUCCGUCUCACGAGACUCUACCACCAGCCCUUAUGCACACCGUCAAGGACAGCGAUCAUGACUGGGCGCUAUCCCAUACACACAGGCAUGCAGCAUUUCGUUAUCAAGAUGUCCGAGCCCAGGGGAUUGCCACUCAACUUGAAGCUCCUUCCAGAAUGGCUCAACGACCUCGGAUACACUUCUUACAUGCUUGGAAAGUGGCACCUUGGUUUCCACAAGUCUGCGUAUACACCGACGAACCGGGGCUUCCUGAGCUAUGUUGGCAGCUGGGGCGGAAGCUGCGAAUACACAACUCACCAGAGGGCGCCGAUUGGUUCCACCGACUACGGUCUAGACUUUAGACGAAAUUUAACGCUGGCUCCUGAGGACAGCGGACGAUACUACACGGAACUCGUCACGGAAGAGGCGAUAUCACUCAUUAGGAAUCACCCAGUUGAUAAGCCUAUGUUCCUGUACGUUGCCCACCUGGCUCCACAUUACGGCACCGUGCGAGUUCCAAUAGAGGCUCCCGCUGAGUAUCUUGAAGGCUACGAUUUCGUUACAGAAAUGAACCGCACCAUUUACGCAGGUAUGGUUGCUGCCCUCGACAUGUCUGUUGGGAAAAUUUUCGAUGCUCUUAAUGAGAGGGAAAUGCUGAACGACACGCUUCUGUCGUUCAGCUCAGACAACGGUGCUGCAUCAACAUACUGGGACGUGAACGCCGCAUCGCCUUAUCCUCUGCGAGGCGAAAAAGCUACUCUCUGGGAAGGCGGCGUUCGAGUACCGGGAUUUUUGUGGACUGCGAGGCCCCUGUGGCGUGGACCUGGGUCUCAAUACGACCACCUUUUUCACGCCACGGACUGGUUACCGACUCUCUACGAGAUGGCAGGUGGAGAUGUGUCCAAGCUUGCUGGAAUUGACGGUGUCAGCCACCUACGGUCCUUGCGGGACCCUUUCGCUGACCAACCAAGACACGAGAUGCUCUUGAACAUCGAUUCCAAAGAUGGUAGCGAGGCCAUAAUCCAAGAUUCAUACAAGCUUGUCUUCGGAGCGUUUCCUGAUGGUACGUCGCAAUGGCUGGAGAUACCCGGCAAAAGGCUACCGGCAGCAGAAGAAGCCGAACUGGCACGUCAAAGCUGCAUUAGUUGCACUGCUUAUCGGGUGCUUGCGAUGCGCGGUAGGAGCCCGAACUGUGGCGAAGCAGGCAGCAUCUACUCAACACCUGUGAAAUGCGGGAAACGAAACUCGAGCACAGCUCCAUGUGACUCGACGCUGGCGCCCUGCCUCUACGACAUUAACGCAGACCCAUGCGAGUACAAUGAUAUCGCCAACGAAAACCCAGAGAUUGUGAGGCAACUGCAAGCUCGUAUUUCGGCCUACAAGAAAGGAGCAUUAAAACCCGUCAACCUUGACCAAGAUCCCUCCGCAUUCCCGCACAACCACGGUGGGGCGUGGGUCAGCUGGAAGGACAAGCUGCCAACAUGAACAAGGCGUGUUCCGCUAGACUUCAAUUCUACCAUUUCAGAAGCCAGUGGAAAUAGACCUAGUGUAGCAGUGCGUGCCUACAAGGUGUGGCGCUCGGUUUAUGAAAUGCUGGUUGCUCCGACGCAGGACACUAGCAUAGACUGAAAGGAAACAUUUAAAUAAACAUCCAAUAUUAGCAAGUGAAAUAAAUUAUGAACAUAGACUCAGCAGCCACCACUGCAAAGAAACAAAAACUCCAUGUGCGCCACGAGAAUAUUAACACGGCUUGAUUUCGUAGGUAUGAAGUCAUCCAGUUUGACAAAAGCGCCAUGUGCCACGAUGACACGCUGCAAGCUGAGAGUGAACAAUUUUUAAAACGAAGCUUUCAAUACAGGCAAACAACAAAAGCGAUUCAGAAACAAGCAUGAACAUCACAUGCAUUGUUUCUGCUACACCGGGCCCUGACGGAAGAUAGGCCCUCCAAAUAAAAUCUGUUUUAGGGCAUACCGACGGCGCAAUUCCUGGAGAGCUUACAGUAUAUCAACAUAAACAGAACGUCAGGGAUUUCCCGUUCCCGUUAUACCACCGUUGUUACGUCAUCACCUAAUGCAGCCAUUCCAUUGUUGUCAUGUCAUCAUCGUGACGUUGUCGUCAUUACACCAUAAUCAUAAUUUCAUAAUCGUCGUCCCAAUGUCGUCAUGCCAUCAUCAUCAUCCCGCCUGCGGCAGCACCAACGUAUACCUGAAUAUAAUAAGAUCCACCCAAACCCAUCAAUAUUGCUGUCGACGUUAAUGCGAUUAGCAUUCAAGCAAUGUAGUUGCUUCGAUUGACUGCUAUUUAAAACGCAGUUUUAUUCGACAAGCCGUAACGUCAGAGCAGCUUUCUUGCGUAAUAUGGUUGCAUUGCUGGGACGGAGACUCAGGACAGGCACCUGGCGCUAACAAUGCAAAAUGAGAAAGCGAAUAAAACAAUGUAAUUUACACAUGCGUU